GAGAGAGAGAUAGAAACUGCUGUUCAGCUCAGACUGUGUGACCGAGAGAGAGAGCCUAGAUGAGAGGUUUUGUAGCUUUCACACCUCUGUCUCUCUCUCUCUCUCUCUCUGUCAGUUCAUGACACAGCAAGUUGAGGAAGUGAAAUACAGUAACAUGGGGUUGGACUGAAUGUGGAACUGUGACUUCUCUAAUGUGUAAAGAGGGUUAGGAGGGGAACCAAAUUAAGGAAGCUACCACCUAUCGCUGUAACUCUGUGUACCGUUUCUUUGCCCGUUCUCUGGAAGAAUCAUUUCGAGAGCUACCUAAGAGAGGGAAUUUGCAGUCACCUUUUUGGGCACAACUUCCGGGUGAAGCUGUAGAAGAAUAACUGAAGAGAGAGAGAUAAGAUGCCUCCUCCCCCGCCACCCCCUGCCCCUCCCCCACCCCCAACCUUCGCUGUGGCAAAUACACAGAAGCCAUCACUCAGCAAGAAUGAAGCACAAGGAAGAAACGCCUUACUGUCUGAUAUAGGAAAAGGUGCUCGCCUGAAGAAGGCCGUGACCAAUGACAGGAGUCAACCCGUCAUUGACAAACCCAAAGGUGGAGGAGGAGGUGGCGGUGGAGGAGGUGGCGGAGGAGGUGGUGGAGGAGGAGGAGGAGGUGGCGGAGGAGGAGGACCAGUACUAGGAGGUCUCUUUGCAGGAGGCAUGCCCAAGCUUCGGUCCUCAGGAGGGAACAGUAACGGAGGCCCUAGACCCCCCAUGGUACCUCCAGGAGGCCGUUCCUCAGGCCCCAGACCGUUUGGUGGUGGGGGCCCCUCCGCUGGCCCUCCACGGUUCUCAGGGGCCCCAGCCUUUCCCCGGAGCAGCGCCCCCGACCUCCCCAGGGGACGGGCAGGCCCCCCGCGACCAGAGACCCCUGGCGGACCCCCUCCCCCAAUCCCCAACACCCCACGGCCCAACCAGAACUUCCAGAGCCGAGGGACCCCGCCUGUUCCAGGAGGAGCCCGGAUCCCCAGCUCAGCCCCGGCACCUCCACCACCCAACCUCGCAGGCAGACACCAAGGCUUGCCCCCUCCCCCUGGCCCUAUAGGGGCCCCGUCUGGGCCAAAACCCUCCUUUGGGGCCCCUCCGGUUCCCAGUAGUGGACGUCCCCCUCUACCCCCAGCCCCCCACCCUGGCAGACCCUCAGAGGACCCCUGGCCCCCACCCCCGCCCCUGGGGGGCCACCGGUCCUCCAUAUCCAGAGAUGGACCACCCCCACCAUCUUUCAACUCCAAGCCCCCCAGCUCGUCUUCCUCGCGGCCCUCCAUCGGCGGUGGUGGAGCUCCCCCUCUCCCUCCUGGCAGACCGGGCCCUCCACUGCUGCCCCCAACGCCUGCGGGAGGAGACGAACACACCCCCAGACUACCACAGAGGAACAUUUCACUCAACUCGCCGGCGCCGCCACCUGGCCGGUCAGGACCACUGCCACCCCCUCCCAGUGAGAGGCCGCCCCCUCUGGGUAAAAACCCCCCAGGACGGACGGGCCCGCUCCCUCCCCCUCCCUCCUCAGGUCCACGUGGAGGCAGUAUAAGGUCAUCUCCAGUCCCCUCACCUCCUAACCGGCCGGGAGCAGAGCCGCCCCGUGGGGGACAACGGCCCCCGCUCCCACCAGACCGACCGGGAAUAGGAGGCCCUCCUCCCCCACCUCCUCCCAUGGGCAACGGCUUCCAGAACUCCCAUCACCAACACAUUGAUGAGUGGGAGGCCCGGUUCCAGUUCCACCCUGUCUCAGACCUCCCUGUCCCAGAGCCUUACGUGUCCUGUCAGAAGACAUACCCCAGCAAGUUGUCCAAGACUGACGGCAGAGGUUCAGAUAAAAAGUCCAGGGGUGCCCCCCCACUACCCCCUAUCCCCAGGUGAAGCGGUCGUUUUUGGGAUGUUUCCCCUCCCUCCCCUCCUCUCCCUCCCUCCCUUCCCUUCCCUCCUCUUCCUCUCCCUCAGAGUACAUGGAUGUAAGUAUGUCACUUCCACUGCCUCUGUCCAUGAGGCUUAUAGCACCUCCAUGGAAGGACCAUAUUUACAGUGGGACUCACGCAACCACGUGUUUCUGCCUGGAGUUGACAGAAUAUUCUCAUUUAACGAACAGCACUCCAAACCAACCAAAGUCCCAACAGAGGCUCGUUUUAUAGGCUAUGCAUUUGGUUUUGCUCCACUAUGUAUGUAGUGUUGAAACUGUAUACUUUUGUUUUCAUUUUUCACUGUGCCUUUUUUUUUUUCUUUUUUCAAUUCCGGAUUGUUAUGAAGGAUCUUUAACAGGUUAGGGGAAACGGUCUGUUUCCGGAUGCUGUGCCUGUCUUCGCCAAAGAGCAACCCAACUAUAGCAUAUCAGUUACAAUAUUCUAACCAUCAAAGGGUACUUCUCCAUACAGUUCCUGUGCAGUUCACGGCAUGUCUUGUCUUGAACUUUGUUUUUACACGGUAGAGACAAAAUGGACGCGUGUGUGUGUUACAGUAUGCGUUGAUUGAACUUUAGGUGAAAAUUGAAUGUUUUCUUUAUGCCUUGAAAGAAAAAAAAGAACGUCACUCAUGACAGUUGUUAGUUUAAUUUUGUAUGAUUUGAGUUGUUGGGAAGGACUAUUUGUUUUUAUUUUUUAAAAGUUAUCUAUUUGACUAUUUUUGUUCUAUACAGUUACAGUAUUAUCUUCUGCUUCUGUACUACAGCUCUGGGACGUCUCCGCUACUUGAUAUUAACAUCAAGCUUGUCUCAGAAACACGUGCAGAGUGACAAUCUAAUAUUUGACCUAUGAAAGUAAAUCAUUAAAAUGUAUUAAAAUGUUACAUAGAUGAUCCUGAAGUUACGAUAUGAAUGAGCUUUGCUCAUAGAAUUUGCAAGUGUUUAAUGUAUGCAAGGAGGAUAUGAAUAUGGAUCAAAAUAUGCUGGCUGUAGACUGAUGAGAGAAAAGUGCUAUGUUUGGCCUCAGUGUUUUCUCUGUUCUGUAAAGACGAUAAUAUGCAUUUCUGAAUAGAGAAUGGGGGGAAUGGCAGGAGCACGUGUGUUUGACCAAAGACAGUCGGCUGCACUAGGACGUAGUCUCUUCCCACAGAGGCGGUGUCUCAGGUACAACUUGCAUUGGAGACUACCAAUCAGACCAAACAGACAGAAACAACUUGCAUUGGAGACUACCUAGGACCAAACAGACAGAAACAACUUGCAUUGGAGACUACCUAGGACCAAACAGCCAGAAACAACUUGCAUUGGAGACUACCUAGGACCAAACAGACAGAAACAACUUGCAUUGGAGACUACCUAGGACCAAACAGACAGAUACAACUUGCAUUGGAGAAAAAAAGAGGACCAUUAAAGUUGUGUGUUAGUUCCUCCUCAGGUGACAGACAUAAUGAAUGACAUUCCUCAUGGGGACAUUUUUCUUUCAGUCUUCUUUCAGAAUGUAUUCUGUCUCUUGUUCCCUAGUUAUCUCUGUUAAACCAGAAGUCAAAUAUAGCGUAGUUGGGUCAGCUACACGCAGAAACUGCCCACGGGAGAUUAGUUCCCUAUGACAUUUACAAUGGUACUGCAGAGUGCUUUAUGCACUUUGGCUUCAAGGGAACUUAUAUAGGAUUAUUCUUUUUGAUGCAUUCAACUGCUUUUGUUUCUGCCUUUUUCAGUGUAUUUUCUUCCUGAUGCUUUUCAAUGUAAAACAAAGCAAACUAUUUCCAAACGGAUUUUCUAAAUAAAGCAAAUAAAGUUGA